UGCUCUUCUGUCUUUGGCAACUGUAUCACUGUGCUCAGCGGUUCUCUGGAGACAGUCUUGGUCCUUUCCGGUGGUUUUCUGAUGUUUGCCAAGCCUCUGUGCUCUAGGUACUUCUGUGGCCUCAAUGCUUCUCUGCUGCUGCCUUCAAAUGGCUGUCACCUGGGCCUUCUGUCUUGCGUCUUGGAUGAGAACACUGGACACUGGACUCAGGGUGCACCAGGAUAACCUCAUCUCAGGAUCUACAAAGACCUUCUUUCCACAUAAGGAAGGCAGUCCAGUAAGGCAAAGGAAACCAUUUUUUGAGAGGCUCCGUAGACUAGAAGAGCAGUUUCAAAGAUUCCAAGAGGUCACCCUGACACACCUGCAGGACAUUGCAAACAACUACAAUGUGUCCUACAACGUCGAUGUCCAAUUCCAGAGGCUGACAGAAGAGAGCCGGGCUGUGGCUCUGGCAGUCAACAGGUCUCAGGCUGCCGUACAGGUGGAUCUGGCCCACCUAAAGACUUGGAUGAGGCAGACCAAACGCCGAGGCCGAAAAGUGGAUGCAAAGCUGCAGGCCUUGGACCAUGCUCUGAGUGUGAAGAGCAGGCAGCAGGCUUGGGAGGGGAAGGACCAGAUAGCACAGCAGGAUGCUGUCUCACACCUGGCCCUGGAUGUGCUUACCCUGCAGAACACACUGGCCCACCUGGCACAUCAGGUCCGUAACCAGAGCACCAGGCUAGCUGCUCUUGAAUGGCAGCUGCAAGUGGCCAACCCUGACACGGCAGCACAGGGGCUGAUCCUGGCCCCAAACCAGCCUGUGCAGCCAGGUCUGAGCUCCCCGAAACUGCAUCGGGAAAAGCAGGCAUUCAGGCCUCCACUCAAACACAGGAAUCCAUCCCAGGAUCUUGCUGCCACUCUGCAGGGGACACAGAAGCCCUCAUCCUUAAACAGCCAUUGGGCAUCUGCUGCAGCCCCAAAAGACUCUCCUCAUCUGGCAUGGCCGCCCCAGGGAACAGGAGAAAUUUGCAACACAGGCCCUGUGUUCGUUUUCCCGAAUGCCUCCACUGAAAAUGUGGUCUUCCUCAGCCCUGGCUUGCUCAAGGGCCUACGAGCCCUGUCCUUCUGCAGCUGGAUCCGCAUGACCUCUGGCUACCUGGGCACCCUCCUCUCCUAUGCCACUGAAGAGAAUGACAACAAACUGGUGCUGCAUGGCCGAGACUCCUUGGUCCCUGGCUCCAUGCACUUUGUGAUUGGAGACCCAGCCUUCAGGGAGCUGCCACUGCAGCUGCUGCUGGACAGACAGUGGCACCAUAUCUGUGUCAGCUGGACAUCCAUCCAAGGCAGGUACUGGCUCUACGUGGACCGCAAGCUAGUUGCCACCGGCUCUCACUUCAGGGAGGAUUAUGAGAUCCCUCCUGGGGGAUCCCUUGUGCUAGGCCAGGAGCAAGACAGUGUAGGGGGUAGUUUUGACAGUGCUGAGGCCUUUGUGGGGAGCAUGUCUGGCUUGGCCAUCUGGGACCGGGUGCUGUUGCCUAGAGAAGUUGCAAACCUUUUUAUAGGGAAAGAGCUCCCUAUAGGUGUCAUCCUGACCCUAGCCAAUGUCACAUCGGUAGGUGGAUUUGUACAGAGAACCGAAUGCCCUUGCCUGGAGCAUUGUCCAUGAGGCCACACCCUGCAGGCCAGUGAGAGGGGUGAGCCCCUUGCCUUUCCCAUCCUCAUUGUCCUCAGCUAUGCAUGCACACCUGGGCUCUAGGUAGGAGGUGGGAAUGGUCAAGGAAACAUCUGCAGUAAGAGAGUGUACCCUAGGCAAGUUCAGGGUCCAUAGGCUGUGUCCUCCCAUUUCUGCAGCAUUCUUCUUCUUACAGGCUGCACCUUCAAAGUCUCUGGUCACUUCAUUCUUUGUAAUAUGACAUUAUUUCACCCUGGCUUGCACCAGCCCAGCAGGAGUGCUAGAUCCCAGCAGGCCUCUCCUCUCGGUGUGCCCUUUUAGUGAUAAAGGGCCAGCUGGUCAAGGGCCCCAGCUGGUCAAGGUUCUCAGAAGAUGCCCUCAUUCCUUCUAACUGUAGAGAUGGCCAUUUGUAUCAUCAUUGCUUUCUCUCAAGGCAACUUAGGUAGGCUCUCCUCUGGCUGAUGGCUAUUCCAGCAUCUCUUGGAGAAAGGAUGUAAGAGUCUAAGAGGCUGACCCUUAAGACUACAGCAUCUUUCACUCAGAGUCCUGGUGGUUCCCUCAAAGAUGACUGGUCAGUCCUUUUCUGUUGUCCUGGCAUGGGUGGUAAGUCUGCCAGAGCCACCAUUAAGAUGGAUGAACAAUGCCUUUAAACCAACUCGUAAGGUAUAAUUUUCAUAUUAUAAACUAUCCCUUUUAAGUGUACCAUUUAAAGACUGUAAUAAAUAUAUUGAAUUAUACAGUCAUCACUAUAAUCUACUUUUUGAGUAUUUCAGUUGCCCUCUAAACACUGCCUGUUAAUGAUCACUCCUGCCCCCAGCCCCUGGCAACCCCAUCUGCUUUCUACCUAUAGAUUGGUCUGUUCUGGGUAUUUCAUAUAGAUGGAAUCCACAGCCUGUAGCUUCUGUGUCAAGCUUCUGUCUUUCAGCAUCACAUUUUCCAGGUUAAUCUAUGUUAUAGCUGACAUCAGUACUUCACUCCUUUUUGUGAGUGAAUAAUAUUCGAUUGUAUGAAGGGACCACAUUUUGUUUAUCUACUUAUUACCUGGUGGACAUUUAGGUUGUUUCCAGUUUUUGGUUAUUGUGAAUAAAUCUGCUGAAUAUUCUUAUCAA